CGAUCUAAUCUUAAUGUAUCCAGACCUCAAAUACCAGUACCCAGCUCCCUAUCUUCUAUAGUUCAUAUUCAUGAAAAGAAAGCUACUCAUUUAUCUAUAGAGGAUUUGGCCAACUGGCUAGCGAAUCCUAAGAUAAAAAACAACCCAAGUAUUAUUAAUAAAAAGGUUCCAAAGACAGAUACAGAAUGGUUUGAUUUAAUGGAAAAGUCUCCUAGCAGAUCGCAAAAGAAACCCCAACACCAAAAAGUAUGGCAAAAAGAAAUUCAGACAACAAAAGAUAUGUUUAAAGUAGAUGGUAUCGAAUAUACAUUUUUGACCUGGUUUGCAACAAUUGAGGAAGAUAAAAUAUAUGAAGCCAAAAUGACCAAAGAACAUGGCAAGAAAAUUUUAAAUACAAUAGAUAAUGAUAAGUUUCUUAUAAGGAUAAAGUUUAUUCGACCAGAUUAUGAUAAUUUCAAAAUUGUUAACAAAUAUGAGCCCAUACGUGAGUCAAAAAAGAUUGAAAUCGAUAAUAAAUUUUUUGUUAGAGCAAUUCAAAUUAAAACCUCUGAUUUUGAAAUACUUAAAAAUAAUGCAGUCAUCUAUGGGCUAUAUAGAAUCCGAGAGCCAGAUAGUAAUCGAUUAAUGCCAAUAAAAGAUGGUGCACUUAAUUGUGUGGCCCAACAAGUAAUAGAGCAUUUUGAAAAAGCAAAAAGAGAACAUAAUCUGACUAGUAUACAUAGGCAAAAAAUUGAUAUAUGGAAAAAAAGAAUACAUCAGCCUGGUGCUCGGGUAGAGGAUGUAGCAGAAUUAGAAAAAAUACUUAAGAGGCCAAUCAAAUUGCUUGAUAUUACUCAUGGGACCAUUUUUAAUAGUGAAAAAUAUCAAACAGGUAGGUAUGAAGAGAUUGAGAUGGUAGUUCAUAAUGGCCAUGCAUUCUCUAGAAACCAUCAUUUUCCAAGAGAUCGAAUGGUAAAAUAUUAUAAUGAUAAUGCAUGGAAUACUAUCAAUAAAGCUCUUCAAGAUUCACAAGCAAUAUGGCUUAUUGGACUCAGACUUGGAGAAGGUGAAAUACUAGAAGAAAUCCAAUCAGUAAUGCAGUUUGUUCUAGAAGAUAGUUAUACAUUUAGGACAUGGAUAAAGCAUACAGAUAUUGUAAAAGCAUAUAAGGAAUUAUUUGAGGAUAUGUUAGCAGAGCAGGUAUUUGAGGCAAACCAUGCUGAAAGUAAACUUGCCAAUGAAAUUAAUAAUUGGCAUCCGACUCCAGCUAGCGUACAUGAAAAUAUAAAGCAAUCUUAUAUGAAAGAAUGUUACCCAGCAAUAGCAGUAAAUGGAGAAUUGCCACAAGAUGAUAUAACCGGAUUUGUGCAGAUAAGAUCUUUCAAAUUUGUUUUUAAUAUUCAUCUAGCAAUUCCUGUUUGGUAUGGAAAACACUUUGCUUGUCGAAGUGGAGAAGGAUGUGGGAAG